GAACAAACCUAUGUAUUCUAUGUUUGACGUAAAAAUUGACAAUAGAGCACAUCUAACCAAAAUUGUGUCAGUACUUUUAUUUCUUAAAUAAGUCCAAAAUUUUUGAUAACAGUGCACGGUUUAUAUUCUAUAGUUGAUGUAUUUAAUUAAUGGCUUCAAUAAACUAUUCCUAAUGCAGUAUUAUAAGUGGGUUAUUCAACACUGGAAUUCAAGUAAUAACAUUUUGAUAUCGAUGAUAACUCCAACAUAAAAACAAUAUAUAAGUAUAUUAUGUAGUACCCUUAAAUAAAUUUCUAAAUAAUUCCAAGUUUUAAUUGACGUAAUGGGUAUUUGUUGGUGUAAACAGAAAAAUGAAGAACGUGACACCUACAUACCACAAUCACCAAAUCACCUUCAAAUACUUAACAUCGCACAAUCUGGAUCUCCCCAGUAUCCCUUUAAAGUGUCGAAAAUACCAGAUGUCGAUGUGUUAGUGCUUGAAACUUUGGGAGUUAUUGCUACCUUGGUUGAUAAUGAACAGGAACCUCCCAAUUCUAUGCUUCUUUUACAUAACAUAGCAGAUAAUGAAGAAGGUUGGAUCCAGGUUGUAAAUUCUAUGAUAAAUGUAAUACCUAUGCAAGAUCCAUUAGGACCGUCUGUUAUAACAUUACUUUUAGAUGAUUGUCCAUUACCAUCAAAAGAAUCAGUAUUUAAGGUAGUUAAUAUGCUUGACCUGUCUAAAAAAGCUGCAGUGAUAGGUAGAUCAAAUGCUCCUAGACAAAGGAAUAUAUGUGUUGUAUUGGGUUGUAUUGCCGAAAAAUUAGCAGGUCCAAGGAAUAUGGAGAUAUUAAAUGACGGUAUAAUUGAUUACUUAUUGACAAAUUUGGAUCCAGCCACAGAUCCCAAUGUAAUAUUGUUCUCCUUAAUAGCUAUAGAAAAGUUCGCUCAAACUAGCACAAAUAAGAUUACGAUUGUUAAAAAAAUUGAAAAUCUUCCAUCUAAUCCUAUACAUUUGCUUGAAUCUUGGAAAGAAGAAAAACAUUAUACGAAAAGACAAGUUGGAUUUUGUGCUCAAUGGAUUCUUGACAAUCUAUUUGUAAUGGAAAAUCGACAAUACAGCUACCUAACUGUUAAUAUGGAAGGAAUAAACGCAAUGUUAAAUACCUCUGACGUUAGUGAAUAUCUCAAAAUAUCUCCAGAUGGAUUAGAGGCUCGAUGUGAUGCAUAUUCUUUUGAAAGUGUGCGGUGUACAGCUCAAGCUGACAAUGGAAUAUGGUAUUACGAAGUUUGUAUUAUUACCCCAGGUGUAAUGCAAAUCGGAUGGGCAACUAAAAAUAGCAAUUUUUUAAAUCACGAGGGUUAUGGUAUUGGAGAUGACAGGUUUUCUUUGGCUUAUGAUGGUUGUAGAAGAUUGAUAUGGUACAAUGCAAAAUCUGAUCCCCAGAACGUACCAAGAUGGCAAUCAGGAGAUAUAUUGGGAUGCCUUUUGGAUCUAAAUAAUCAACAGAUUAUAUUUUCAAUAAACGGAGUACCCCUACCACCAUGCAUACAUGUAUUUACGAUGGCGAAGUCUGGUUUUUUCGCUGCAGCAAGCUUCAUGUCAUUCCAACAAUGCCGAUUUAAUUUCGGUGCCGAACCGUUCAAGCAUCCUCCUAAUACGGACUAUUCAACAUUCAACCAACAAGGAUUCCUUCGGUCUGAAGAUAAAAUCGUUCUACCUAGGCAUAUAUUUCUCAAUCAACUUAGAGAGCAAAAUAUUGGUGAGGAUAGUUGUACGUUGUGUUAUGAUCAAAAGGCAUCAAUUCGAUUGCUCCCUUGUGAACAUUCUGGUUUCUGCUCGUCGUGUGCCAAACAGCUGAUAGAAUGUCCGAUGUGUAGGUCUCCGUUUCGUGAAAUAGAAGAAUAUCCUCAAUCUUUAUGACAUACAAGAUGCCGUUAAACACUAACAAUGUUGAUAUGUUUAAACGAAAUAGGAAUUAGUAUGAACAAGCUCUGUUAUAAAAUAACAAUGAGUAUGUGUACAAAUUUUCUGCAUUAAAAGCAAAAAUAACACGGGUUCUUAUUAAAAAAAUAUUUAUUUAUUAUGAUAUUUUCACUUAUUAUCGUUUUAUUUUUUAUUUGAUAAAAAAAAACAAUUUAUUUGUGUUUACUGUACAUAUUGCUACGUUUUAGAUUUGAAAUUUUAAGUUCCCUUGUUAUUUAUUAUGGUACAGAAGAAAUUCACUUUAUUUUUGUGAUAUUUCGACAAUAACCCAGUGAGAGAAAAAAAUUAGUCACCUAUAUUCAAACAGUACCUAAGUAAUGGUGACAUUUUUCCAAAUUUUUUUGUUAUAGCCAUAGCAAUUAAGGGGAUGCCCCAAAAUGGAAAACAAGCAACCACGUUUUUCAAUUGAUCCUUCGUUAGUUUUAGAUCAACACAAAUAGGAGCAAAACAUCAAUAUAAUUGGGGAAUCACUGAAAAGUUCUUAGGCUAGCAUGAAAAAAUCUUUUUUAUAUAGCAUUCGAUUAUAUUGUUCAAUAUAGUUCGCUCCGUUGGUAGAAAAGUGACACAACUCAAAAUUAGUAAAUGUUCGGUAGGGCGGUUUAAAAAUUUGAAAGUUAACAUCUAACAAGGUAUAAAAACAUUUUAUUCGACACUUUUUUAUGUUUUAACUCUAAGUAAUAACGCAUUCUUUAGUAUGGUUUGAUGUUCAAUUGAAAUAUUUAAACUACAUCUUAAAUAAAAAGAAAAUUCUAGCCCUUAUUCGAGUUGUGACACUUUUUCAUAAAAACUUGACCUAUUGAUGUCGGUUUUAAUUUAUGUAUGAUUGUUAUGAAAACUGUGUUAGAUUAUAAUUUUAAGAAAAUCCUAGUCCUAAUAUGAAAAUAUACAAUUGAAUUCAUAAAAAAUUGUAUACAAAUUAGAAAUUGUUUGUGUAAAACCAGAUUAUCUAAAUGAUUGUUCAUUGGAGGUUACCGCCCGUCAUAUAUUAUCAAAAAAUUAAAAUAUAUAUAGAAAAGUGACACAAUUCUAAACUUACCUUAUAUGUAAACUGACAUAAAACCAAGUCAGUCGAAAAUCUGUUGCGGUUUUAGGUUGGUUUCAACUAAUUUCGAAUAUGAUGAAUUCUGACUUGUGUCACUUUUCUACCAACGGAGUCUUAGAACGCGUUACAACGCUUAUAGCGGUCAUACAAUUACAAAUACUUUCGUAUUCUUCUAAGCGAUAUUACUUCUUUUGUCUUGUUCGAUAUCAUUCCGGCUUUCCGAGCUCAGCUCAGUAAAUAUACUGAAAUUUCAAAAGUAGCCUUUGUACGUAGAUAUUGGGGUGACAUACACUGCGACCCAAAGGAUCUAUUGUGUUCCCCUUUUUUGCUGCGAUAUUGGGAAAUCCAGUGUUUACAGCUGAUAUGUUAAUACCAUUUUUUAGUAUGGCUGUAGCUGCCAUAAAUCUUCGUCUUCUAUUUUAUACACUCCCAGGUGUAGUGCUCUGGAGUUUUCCACAAUACAUUGUAGAGUAAUUUUAUUUUUCUUACCUAGUUCGUUUACUUUUUCUAGGAUAUUAUGAUAUUAGAGCUUAAAGCUCUAAUGGUUACUUGGCUAUUGGAUGAUGUUCUCCUGUUUGGAAUAGUUCCAAAAGUAGCCUUGAAAAGGCCGUUUAUGGUGGUAUCACAUGUUUGCCAUUGUUUUAGAAUCAUCAUCUUUAAGUCUCCAUCAUAGUAUUUUUAUUUAUUGUGUAUUCAUCUUUCUUUUUGGUUAUUUUUUCUAUUAAUUUCUCUCCGUUAUAAAGUGUUAAUUUGGAAAUGUAUUACCCUAUAAGAUAUUAAAACGAGUAAAAUGAGUUAAUUUUAUCUUAAUUUUGGCACAUCUACAGUUUUGCAGGAAACUCUAGCUCGCUACAUACUUCCUGUGAGUAAAGUCAUACUUAUUUUUAAGGGAGCAGUUUGUAGAUUGAUUUUUUUAAACUUCAGAUAGGGAAAGUGACAGCUCCUGGAAACCUUAUUUUAAAGGUAGUCUAAGUACCUUUUCAAAAAUACCCAAUACUUAUAUACAUUUCAAUACGAAUUAUUUGGAUACGAAUUUGUUGUAAUAUUGUGGCAAAGAAAUACUAAAAUCUUUAAUAAUAUUCUGAGCUUUUUAAUACUUUCAUCAUCGGAGACUGAAAAUAGGAUUAAAGUAUAAUGUAGAAAUUCAAUUUAUGUUAACUGUCAUUUUGAGUCACUUGUAUUCAUUAAUAUUUAUAUAAAAUUCAAGAUACCAAAAUUCUCGAUUAAAUGUACAUAAUUCUACAUUAUGUUUUGACCAUAUUUUCAGCUCCAGAUGAGGAAUACCCUUUAAGCACCAACGUGCAUUUUUUAUAACGUUAGUGCCGACGUGAGGCCGCUUAUAUUAUGUAGUGUUUUUUAAAGAAAGUGUUGAUUUAAAUAUUUGUCUCUGCAGUAAAAUGGAAAAUAAAGGAUUUUAAAAAAAAA